CAUUGCCUAUCUCUCUCUCUCUCUCUCUCCACUUUUGUUUUUUAAUUUCUCUCUCUAAAACUGCUUUCUGUUUCUGUUACUGUUUCUCUAACGGUUUUUCACUUCCCCUGGCGGGAAACACACAUCUUCUUGAAAGAUUUUGCUGUCGUGUUACUGCACCGUUUUCUCUCGCUACUCCCAACCAAUAACUUGCACCCACGUGUUGAAAAACAGACAGAUGAGUUCACCAGGACGAACAAGAUUGGUUCUCACAAAUUACCCAUCAUGAUUUGGGUUUAUAUAUAUAUAUAUAUAUAUAUAUAUAUAUAUAUAUAUGCUGUAAAGAAGCUUCAUUUCUCUCUCUCUCUCUCUCUCUCUCUAUCAAGAAAUGGAGAAAACAGAAUCACCACCGUCUGAUUCAAAAACAGCUGCACAAUCACCACCGUUUGAUUGCCAUCAAGCAAACGAUCACGAUCAAUUCGCUUCCAAUUUCACCUCUCUCUACCACUCGAUUUUCCCGCCAAAACCUUCACAGCUCCCGAACUCGCUCUCUUUCACCCCCUCCACCACCGCCUCGCCUUCCUCCUCCUCCGCUGCAGAUGAAAUCUCCACGGAGAACCGCCUCCGCCAAGCUCGACUGAUUCUCGAGUACCAGGACCUCUGUGAUCACUACAAUCUGUCUCUCGCGCGCCUCCAAACCCUAACUAAUGAACUCGAGUUGAUUCGUCGAGAAAAUGCAGAUCUCAGAGUCACAAAUAGUGAGCUUGUCAAGCUUAUCAGUCUCUCUUCUGAAGCAGCCGUGAUGCAGCAUCAGAACCGUACUUUUGGAAACAAUCGUGAUGUUGCAUUUGAGAGAAGGAAUAAUGCUAAUAACGUGGAGAGAGAAAGAGUGACGUUGCCGAAGAGUAUUUCCGUCAGAUCUAGUGGUUUUGUGAAGGUGAAUCAAGCGGUUUCUGGUAAUGUGAGUAACAAUGGAGGCGGUCGCGGUAGUGCUAGCAGUAACUCAACUUGGUCUCGUGUGGCGAGUCAACACGAUCAACUCGUUUCUGGAUCGAUUGUGCAGAUGCAGCAGAGGGUGUACGUGCCAGGAGGAGGGAAAAAGAGAUCGGAGGAGGAAAUAGCCGCUGGAAUGGAGUUGGAGGUGUUUAAUCAAGGGAUGUGGAAGACAGAGCUAUGCAACAAGUGGCAAGAGACAGGCACCUGUCCUUAUGGUAACCAUUGUCAGUUUGCUCAUGGCAUUGGCGAGCUACGUCCAGUUAUCAGGCACCCAAGGUACAAGACUCAAGCUUGCCGCAUGGUUCUUGCUGGCGGGGUUUGCCCUUAUGGCCACAGAUGCCACUUUCGCCACUCCCUCACUGACCAAGAGAGGUUACUGCUGGGUCCUCGUUGAUCAUCUAAAAAUAAAUGCAUGGAUUAGUUUGGGCUUUUGAAUAUUUGAUUGGUUGAAAAAUUAAGAGGGAGGUGGUGUAAAGAUUAAGCAAAUGGGGUUAUGUAUAUAAACCUAAUCAUCAGUACUGAUCAUAUUCAUGCAUCAUAUAAUAGCAGUAAUAAUAAGAAGUAAAACAAUAUAUGAUAAUAAAAUGUUGGAAAACAUAGGUAUAUAAAUAUUGUAUCUGAUAGAGAUUGAGAGCGAUGAGAAAACUGGGUAUCUUUUUUGUUGUAGGAAAUAUUUCAAGUGGGGCUUGGAGGUAUUGUUUAUGAACAACCAGCCACCAACCUAAACUAGACCAAACUCCGAAGCUCGAUCUGUAAUGAUGAUGAUUCUUUCGAUAUUCUUUCGCUACGCAACUUUCAUAAUUUCAAGUUGGUUGUAAGGUUUUCUUU